UUAAACUGUGUACGUUCCCAUGACCCCAAAGAGCAAUACAGAAAAAACAAUCAAACCCAAAAUCAGUACCUAACUGCCAAACUGACACCACAAGAGCAGAAAGAGUUUGAAAAGAAACUCAAAGAGCUAAAGGAAACCCAUGACAAACCUGAAAACUUCUACAGCUUCAUGUUCAUGAAAAACAAUUUUGAUAGGAAAUACACAGAAAAUCUUGCUCAAAACACGCUGGAGAACUUUGACUUCAGCACCAAGGAGGCUAAACUCUUCUCCUUUCUGUCCCUACUCAACACGUAUGUCACAAAGUCAGAGAUGGCACUUUCUCUCUGUGAGGACUUUUUUCAGAUGAAGAUGUUACGCUGGAAAGAAGACUCUGUUUUGGAUCGAAUGAAGCCCUAUUCCAACUUUCUUAUCAUAGAAUCAGUUGAUGAAUGGGGAGGAUACAAAGGAAUACGGAUCCUUCAUCAUGCAAUAGCAGCUGCCUGUCUGGAAGAGCUGGAGAGAAGUCAUGAUCUAAAGGCUAGUGACAUUGUCAUGGAAAUCCUCCAUUAUGAUCUGUUCUUCAGUGUUGGAGUUGUUAAACAUAGACUGAUGCGUUCAGUUAUACGAAUGUUAGUAGAAAGGCAGCUGAAGAAAAAUGGAGAAGAGAGGGAACCUUUUUCUCCUCUCAUUGACAAAAUCCACAGCCAGCAAGGGAGACAAAAAAUCCAAGAAAUCUUUGAGAAAGCCUCGUCCAGGUUUGAGAAAAAAUUAUCCAUCCCUCAGGCACUGGCAAGAUAUUUGUACAUCAAUGUGAAGGACUUCCCAGAGGCCAUAAAAUGGGCGGAGAAAGCCAAGAACAUCCAAGAAAACCCCUAUACCUUCGACACAAUUGGGGAAAUCCACAAGAGCAAUCUGAGGUUCAACAUUAAAGAAAAGAAGGAAGGGCACAACCCAGACAAUCUGCACAUGAACAUUGAAAUAGCCAACAAUGGCUGGAAAGCUUUCAAAAGGGCUCAGGAACUGGCAGACCUCGAAAAUGAAAUAGAAGAAUCUCCUGACGAUGAGUCAGAGGAUUAUCCCAGGAAUUCCUACAAUAUUAAAGGCUACGUGAAAAUGCUGGAGAUCUCCUUCUUGGUCUUUGAGAUUCUGAGCAGGUUACCAUUCUUCGAAGAACAUGAUCCAAUGAAAAAACACUACUUAAGAAGUUUUCUUAACGGACAGAUCCCAAUCAGCAACGUUUACAAAGAGAACACCGACUACAACAACAGAUGUGUUGAGAUCAUUAAAGAACACGAACUGUUCCUGGUCAAAAGGAAAGAGAUCAAAGAAAUCUUUGAUCUCUUGAACGACAACUUCACCUACAUAAAGCAGAACUCAGAACUGGAUGCAGUAAACAAAAGGAUAGUGAGUGUUCAUUUUAAGAAAUAUGUGGAUCUGUUUUGUUCCACACCACAAGAAGUGAAAAAGGAAAAGGAAAACAAAAUGAAUCUUAGUCAAAAACUGGAGGUUGAAGAAUGUAAACAAUUUCUGGAGAAGAACCAAGCAGAUACUUUCUCAGGAAUCCUUCAGUACUUGGACAAACCUGCUGAGGAGAUGGAGCAAAUAACAGAUUGCUAUGCAUUUAUACUGCAAAAUGAUAUCAAUGAACGACAUGUUAAAACAAAAAUCAAUUACAUCAUGUCCAACAUAGUCCUUCAUCAUCUAAAACCUAAAUCUAAACAUGUUAAGAAGUACAAAGACCUCUGCACUCUGCUUCAAGAUGUUCUCCAAGAUGUCGGACUUCGACAUCCUUUCCCAGAUCCAUAUUUUCUGGCUCAGUUGUUAUUCUGGCCAAGCCCUACAGAAGAAAACAUUGACAUAACUAAAUAUGUUGAAGCAAUUCGAAAGUCUUCUCACAAGCACCUGUCCAAGUUGCUUCAAAAAAGGAGCACUGUCGCCUCCCUCUACUUAGGUAAAGAACAAGGUCUAAGGAAGCUGGUUUCAAAGCCAUCACUGGAUAAGAGUUUUCUUCCAAAGAUGAACAGAGAUGUUUUAGCACAACUUUGGAGAGAUGGAGACAUAUUUAAGGAAGAGGCCAUCAUAAGCCGCCUUUACAGGGUGAGGGGAACCAUUGAACAGGGGGGGGUUUAUGCCAUCUAUGGCAAACAGAGGAUCCCAGUGCGCCCAGCUCGUACCAGUGAUAUUAGAAGUGGCUUCAGUACUGAGACGGUCUCAUUCUACAUUGGGUUUGCUGUUAAUGGACCUGUGGCAUAUGACAUCAAAUAUGGAAAAAUUGGAAAUGAACGCAAUAUGAUCUGA